AUGGGUGCUGGGCAAAGCCAAUUCACUGAUGUCUAUGCGACAGGUGACGUCAACGUGAAUAUGGCAACGCCGGUAGAAACAGAAGACCGAGAGGAGAGCUCAAGGCUUACCUGUUGCUGUGUUCGCAGAAAGUGGCCCACGUACAAUGUCGAGAGUAGGCCAAUGACCCCUGAGGAGGAGGCUCAAAAAAUUUGCAACUACUACGAACCUCUCGUUGAUGCUAGUGUCUUUGCAGGAAUCAUUCAACAAGUUCAAGAGGAGUGUAAAGCUCACAACCAAGGCGAACAACCACGACCUGAGGGUGAGGAGACGUGA